AUGGUUAAUAACAUAAUCACGAGACUUAAUACCAUCGAAGAAGCCUGCCGUAAUGAUUUCUCUGCAAUUAAUGCUUCCAUUGAAAAUCUCCAAAAUGAAAUGAUCCGUCAAUAUGCUGUUGCCCGAAGAAUUCAACCAGUCGAAACUGACCAGCUGAGCAUGGCUGACAAAUCAGAAACAUCAAACCAGUCACAUGCAAAUUCGUCUGGAAGUUCUGAUUCUGGUCCAAUAACAUUCAGAGGUAUUAGCUUAACUGUCUGGACCCGAUUCAAGCAACUUUUCGAUCAGAUAAGGGAUGAAAAAGGACUUAAUACGGAGGAGAUAUGCCUUCUCGUCGCAAUUGAAAUUCGUGAACUUGGAGGGAAAAUCAAAAAGAAUACGAUUCAGGGGUUUUAUGAGAGAAAUAUCACGAAGAGGGGUGGUUACAUUAGUACAUUAGAUGAUAUUGGUUUCUUUGCCAUUUAA